AUGUCAACCCAACAAAAUCUGGAUGCAACCAUCAGUGAUGCUGCUUCUAAGGCAAAAAAAGCUCUUACUGAAUUCCUUCAUCCUCAAAAAUAUACUCUGGAGUUUUUCAGAUCCAUGAAUAUCUCGUUGCUUGACUUCUUAUUGGAUCUUUUUCCCUAUGCUCUCUUCGUCGUGCUUAUUAGACUUGUUGUAUUGUAUCUGCAGACUUCCUCACAGAAGAUGAAAUAUAUUCUAGGGCAUUUGUGUCUUAUCUUUGCAUCUAACGUUGCGACUGUUGUAGUUGUACUUGUAGUUUUAACAGCCCAAUAUAAUUCUGGUGCGCCAAAAAAGCAAGACUUGCCUCAUGCAAUAGAUGAUUUCGGAAUGGUCGUGACAGAUUUGAUGAAGAUUAAGGAGGCAUAUGGAAACACGAGCGACUUGCCUCCUCCUGCUGCAUCGUCUAGAGAGGAUUUGGGAGACACUGGCAAAGAUGUCUUAGUGGGACUUGAUAGUGCCGUGGAUAAGAUUAGGGAACGUUUACUUGAGGCUUCCUCCGAACGCCAACUCCUUUCCAUUGUGGGAAUGGGAGGCAUUGGUAAAACUACUCUUGCUAUCCAAGUUUUCAAAGAUGGAGCUAUUCUUGCCCACUUUGAUGUCCGCGCUUGGGUUACAGUUUCUCAAGAGUAUUCUCUUCGCCAUUUCAUCCUAUGCCUUCUAGAUUCUGCACAGAUGCUCACCCAAGAAAAGCGCCAAGACAUUAAUGAACAAGUAUUGGGUAUGUAUCUCCACCAACAUCUUAUGUACAGGAGAUAUCUCAUCAUAAUAGAUGAUGUGUGGGACACACAGAUUUGUUGUCUGGACCCUAGUAGUCGUGUUUAUCAAAUGCCUUGCCUCAAUGAUAAAACCAGUUGGAAACUGCUCUGUACAAAGGUUUGUCCAACAGAAUUGGAAUCCAUUGGAAGGGAGAUUGCUAAGAGCUGUAAAGGACUUCCUCUUGCAGUUGUUGUAAUCGGAGGUCUUCUCUGUAAGGACAUUCAAAUCAAAGUCUGGAGGGAUGUAGCAGAAACAUUUAAAAACCAACAAUCUUUGGAUUUCAACGAGCAGUGUUUAAGGAUACUAGGUUUGAGCUAUAACCACUUGCCUCACCAUUUGAGACCGUGCCUAUUAUAUAUUGUGGUUUUCUUGGGUGAUUGUGAGAUCCCUAUCUCGAGACUUAUCAACCUAUGGGUUGCAGAGGGAUUCUUGGAACUACAUGCAUCUAAAACAUUGGAAGAUGUGGCUGAGGGCUAUCUAAAAGAUCUCAUUGCCCGAAACCUGGUUUCGAUUUGCAAGAAGAGUUGUAAUGGCAAGAUCAGGACAUGCAACAUACAUGAUCUACUACGGGAUGUUUGUGUCCAAAAUGCUCAUAACGAAAAUUUCCUUCGUGUUGUGGACUCAACCGGAGAAAGGCCUGACGAGUCUCCGCGCAGAAUAAGCAUUCAUCUUGAUGCUCUUCAAGCUAAUUCAACACAUGACUUGAUGAAAUCUUAUAGCUAUGUUCGUUCUAUCGUCUGCAUGGCUGGUAAGCCUAUUGACAACCCAUUGGUUGCCUACUUAAGUUUUGUAUAUCUUCGAGUACUAGAUGUACUUGACGUUUGCUUUCGUAAGUUUCCUCAUCAAAUUAUUAGACUUGUUCGUCUAAGAUAUCUUGCUUUGUACUAUGAUGGUCCACUCCCUGCAUCCAUAUCAAAACUCCAUAAUCUUGAGACACUUGUCCAUCAUCAUUCUUCAUUUCACAGCUACCCCUUACUUUCUUGGGUGAUAUGGAAUAUGCCAAAAUUAAGGCAUCUCUAUGUGAAGCCUGGUUGCUACUUUAUCAAUCCUUACCGGCUGUCCUCGAGUGUUUCAUUUCUCCUGGACUUGCAAACGCUUGUGGGAGUCCGAAACUUCAAAUGGACCAAAGGCAUCAUCGAAAGAAUUCCCAAUCUGAAGAAACUGGGAAUUUCAUAUCGUGUCUCCUCUUCUGUAGAUUGGUCAACAUACCAGCUCGAAACUCUAGUCUAUCUACGCCGACUUGAGUCUUUGAAGAUCAUUAUCAAGUGUGAUUGA